AUGCGCUCCCUCCUGUCCCUUGCCCUCCUCUCCCUCACAACCGCCCUCCUCACCAAACGCCAAGCCGAAACCAGCCUCCACAGACUCUUCGUCGCCCGCGGCAAGCAAUACCUCGGCACCAUCACCGACCAGCGCCUCCUCCUCUCGGACGUCAACGCCGCCAUCAUCACCGCCAACUUUGGCCAGCUCACCAACGAGAACAGUCUCAAAUGGGAGUCCGUCGAGCCCGAGCGCGGCGUGUUCAACUUUGACGAGCCGGACUUUGUCGUUGAUUUCGCGCAGGAGAACAAUAUCCCCAUGAGGGGACACACGCUCGUGUGGCAUUCGCAGCUGCCGGGGUAUGUGCAGAAUAUUACGGAUGCGGGGGAGUUGAGGGAGGUUAUUACGGAGCAUAUUACGAGUGUCGUGGGGAGGUAUAAGGGGAAGAUGUUUGCUUGGGAUGUCGUCAAUGAGAUCUUCAACGAAAACGGCACGAUGCGCGAGUCCGUCUUCUUCAACGUGCUCGGCGAAGAGUUCGUCUCCCUCGCCUUCAACACCGCGCGUGCCGUGGAUCCCGACGCGAAGCUCUUCAUCAACGACUUUAACCUCGACAGCGCCAACUCAAACAAGACGCAGGCCAUGGUGAGCAGUGUUAAGAGGUGGAUAGCGGCCGGAGUGCCCAUUGACGGCAUCGGCUCGCAAACCCACUUGAUCCAAGGUCUCUCAGCCGGCGUCCCCGGAGCGCUUGAGGCUCUUGCGUCCAGCGGAGUCGAGCAAAUUGCCGUGACGGAGCUCGACAUUGCCAAUGCGCCGCCGGAAGAGUACACCACGGUGAUUAACGCCUGUCUCAACAUCACCUCUUGUGUAGGCGUCACCGUUUGGGGAGUUUCCGACAAGGACUCUUGGAGGCCGGGCGAGAACCCGCUCCUCUUUGACGCUGAAUUCAACCCCAAGCCGGCCUACGACGCGCUUGUACAGGAUCUCUGUACGGAUAACUGCAUCUUGUGA